AUGCAUUAAGAACCUUUUGUCUUACUCAAAAAUUAUCGCUAAUAAUAGGAUGCUUUAAAAUUAAUACCAAAAUAGAAAUUCAUACCAAUUCAAAACAAACUGGUUAAGAAAACUUAAAAACCUAAGAAAUAUACUAUUUAAAAGGAAACUAAUCCAUAAUUGAGUCGAAUUUAGACUUAAUCAUUUCUAGAACCUUUAAUUCAAUUAUAGUAAUAUACAGACGAUUCAAUAAAUGAAAUUUAAUAUUCGCCUCUUCUGUUCAAUGAGUUCAAACUCACUUAUCAGGCCUCCUAUUGUGAUAACAUUAAUCUUCCAGAUGAAGCAUUUGGAUUUUGACAUCGCUACACAAACUGGC